AGCACAUACAGGGUUGAACCUGUCAAGAAGUUCACAAGUAUGCCCGUUGAGAAAAUCAUCAAAAGAGUCAUGAAUGCUGCCCUGAAGAAUGAAACCUACAACGAACUCAAAUGCAUUAAAUUAUGUCACUCCAUUUCUACUGAAAUAAGAAACAGACAGGUCAAACAGUUCAACUUCUCCAGGUACAAAUACAUCUGCCUCGUGACCAUAUCCGAGAAGAGGUUCAGUGAGGUGAGGUUCAGUUCGAGGUGCCUUUGGGAUCCCAAGGUAGACAACUAUGCCUACUACCGCUUCGAGAACAGGGAUCUCGUCGCUUUUGGAGCUGUUUAUGCUUGUUAUUAUGAA